AUAUGGAUAUAAAUAAAAUAUGUAAUAAAGAAACUAUAGAGCCGUAUUUGGAAGCCGAUUUUAAUUUUGAUAUAAAUAUUGAAAAGCCUGUUUUAGGAUCUGAUCUUAUGGGACCAUUAGCAGAAAUUUUACCUACAAAUUAUUCGUACAUAAUAAAUGAAUUUCAUGAAAUCGAUCCAUUAAUUACUGAUGAGAACAUUGUGAUAAAUCAAAUAAUCAGUUUAUUCUAUGUAAAUAUUAAUUCAGCUGAACGUGCAUAUAUGUGGCUUGAAGAGUUUCAUGAAAAAACAAAAACGACAAUGCGCCAAACUAGAGGUCAUAUUCUUAAAGUCAAAGAUAAACAAGGAAAAGGUGUUCAAGUUAAGAAACCACAUAGUGAACGUUUAAGAAAUACUGGCUGUUUAGCAACAAUCGGAUUUCGUAUUGAAAAACGUUAUUUAGAAAGGUCACAUGCUCUUGAAGUAUCUCUUCACUUUACUCAUAAUCAUGUUCCUAAAUCUGCUAUAUCAUUAAGUUUUCGUCCUGUAAAUAUCCAAACAGAGGAAAAAUAUUUAAAACUAUUUCAAUGUGGACAUACACCAUCAACUGCUCGUUAUGAAUAUGAAGAAAAGUUGCAUUUAUUAGCUGAUAAUGAGGAACAUUUAGCAACUAUUUUAGCUGACCGUGCAUUAAAUCCUGAUAGUGGAUAUAUUAUAAAUCUUUAUAAAAAGUUUCGCUUAAUUCAACUUGGUGCACGAAAUGGAAAUAGUAUGUUUGAACGUCUUGAAAAUGAAAUCAAAAAUUAUAAUGAAUUAGGGUAUGGUAAAGCUGUUUUCCAUUCAUUUGAUAAAAGAAAAGGUCAAGCAUUUGUUUUAUGUAUAGUUAGCAGUUUGAUGCAAAGAAUUCACAAAACUAUUAGGCAAGCAGGAGAAAUAUGUUAUAUAGACGCAUCAUCAUCUUUUGAUUCAUUAAAUACUUCAAUAACUCUGUUAUAUACAAGUUGUGCUGUAGGAGCAUUGCCCUUAGGAAUUAUUUUAACAUCUAAUGAAUCAGAAGAUACGCUUGAAUUCGCAUUUAAUUUUUUAAAAACAAUAUUACCUAAGAAGGCAUUCUAUAAUAGAGGACCAGAAGUUGGACCAAGUAUCAUAAUUACUGAUGACUCUUAUGCUGAACGAAAUGUACUUCGACAUUGUUGGAAUCAAGCGAAAAUUUUUCUCUGUGUUUUUCAUAUACUUCAAUCAUUUUGGAGGUGGUUGUGGAAUACUAGCCAUCAUAUUCACAAAGAUGAUCGGUUGUUAAUAAUGCGAUAUAUGAAAUCUAUGGUAUAUGCAUCAACAGAAACUGAAUUAGUAAAUUCAUUUAAAAUUCUACAACAGCAAUACUUUGAAAAAUAUUCAAAUUUUGCUACAUAUGUUAUUCGUUAUUGGAAUAGAAGACAUGAAUAG